AUGGCCUCCCAGGCGAGGCUGGACCUGGAGGAGGCCCUGCAUCUCGUGGACAAGAUGGACGAGUGCUUCCUCAAGAUGGUGCCCACUGAGCAGGCCAUCAGCGCGGCUGCCGAUCGGCGCCAGACCGACGAGGAGCUUCAGGCGGAGGCGGCAGAAAAUGCAAAGGCGUUCUUCGAUUCUGCGUCCAAACUAGACGACCAUCUGCACACCUUUGAGGCAGCACCGCCACAAUUAAGCACCAUCCAGAAGUUGAAACAGGAAAUCGACGAACUUCAGGAAGAGUUGAGAGAAAAGGACGGUUUGAUUCAAGAGUGCAGAGCGAAAGUAGAGAAGUGGAAGGGUGUCCUGGAGCAGUCCAAGACCAUGCAGAGCCAAUGCCUGUUCAAAGAAUUCCAGCAGUAG